ACUAAACCAAUUGCUGCCUAGUCCGCCACCAAACUCCUGUGCACGUCCCAGCCGCCAAUAUGAUUGAUUGCCAAAUUAAUCAAGGUAAAAGUUAAUUCCCCCCCUUAAUCUAAUACUUAUACUAAGCCGCCAAUAUCCUUGCCGUCAAACUAAGUUCAUGGGCAAGCAAGGUUUCUUCUUUCACUUGGAGGGCUCUUCAAGAUAAAAUUACGACAAGAUCCAACCCGUUGAUGAAAAGAAGAGUCGCUCUUCAAAACGACGAUUACAGCUGCCCCUUUUGGCAUUCUCUUGAAGAAAGCUCCGAUCACGUUCUUAUCUCUUGUCAGUUUGCCGAUUCAAUUUGAAAGAGAUUAUGUUGCUGGCUCAAGCAGCACAAGACGAGGCCAAGAACAUGGAAUGGUGGUGCAGCACCACCUCCCACCCGCAGCCCUGCAACCACCACAUGAAGCAAUUCCACCCGAAAUCCCACCAAGAUUUCCGAACCAUGAGCGUCGCGGCCGCCAUGGAGAGGGCCAAAACCCUAGCCAGAGAGCUCAGCGGUAGCACGAGCAAGAAGAUGGUUCAGCGAGAGUGCGAAGACCUCAUAGACGGCACUAUUCUCCAUCUAAACGCUACUCUGCAAAGCAUGAUGAGCAGUUCCACCCGAGCAAACGCAAACGCAGCUUCCGACGAGCAGACGUGGCUGAGCGCGGCGCUGACGAACAUCGAGACCUGCAUUGCGGGAUCUCACGAGCUCAGCCUGCCCGAGUUCAGCUCGCCGAUUCUGAAGGGAAACGUCUCCGAGAUGAUAAGGAAUUGCCUGGCAGUGAACGCGGGCCUUUUGGGAAACUCCGCGGCCGAUGAUCCGGGGUGGGUUACUGAUGGUGAUCGGAAACUGCUGCAGGAUUACGUUUGGGCGGCGAGGGCCAACGUGACUGUGUCCAAGGACGGGUCGGGUCAGUUCAGGUCCAUUCAGGAGGCGAUAAACUACGCUACAGCUAACCGGCUGGGGAAGAAGCGGGUCAUCGUGUAUGUCAAGAGAGGAGUGUAUGAGGAGAACAUUCUCAUCAACAGGACCAUGAAUAAGGUGAUGUUGGUCGGAGAUGGAGUCAGGAACACCAUCAUCACCGGCAAUCGGAGCUCCUCCGCCGGCUUCACCACAUACAGCACCGCCACAUUUGGAGUGGACGGCAAUGGAUUCAUAGCGCGUGGCAUCACCUUCCGCAACACGGCGGGGGCAGAGAGCGGGCAGGCAGUGGCCCUCCGGUCAGCCUCCGACCUGUCCGUGUUCUACGGGUGCAGCUUCGAAGGGUACCAAGACACGCUCUUCACUCAAGCCCAGCGCCAGCUCUACAAAUCCUGCUACAUAUACGGCACCGUGGACAUCAUCUUCGGCAACGCCGCCGUCGUGCUCCAGAACUGCGUCAUCUACGCCCGGAAGCCUCUGGUCGGGCAGGCCAACGUCAUCACAGCUCAGGGCAGGGGCGACCCGUAUCAGAACACGGGUAUCUCCAUCCACAACUGCCGGAUCCUUGCUGCGCCCGACCUCAAACCGGUGGUGGAUUCGUUCAGAACGUAUUUGGGGCGGCCGUGGCAGGAGUACUCGAGGACCGUGGUCAUGAAGAGUUAUCUGGACGGUUUGGUCGACCCGGAAGGGUGGUCCAAGUGGGGUGAUUCCGACUUCGCCUUGGACACUUUGUAUUACGGGGAGUAUCAGAAUUUCGGACCGGCGGCUUCCAUGGAGAACCGGGUUAAUUGGACGGGUUACCACAAUAUAACCACCCCGGCCGAGGCGGCCCAGUUCACCGUCGCCAACCUUAUAUUUGGUCGCCAAUGGCUGCCCACCACCGGUGUUCCAUUUACUGUCGGCUUGUGAACCUAAUUAAUUAAUUAAAUCAUAUACGUGGUGCUGUGUCAUUCUUUUAUUUCAUUCAUUUAUUGUUUGUAUAUGUAAAUUCUUAUCGAAUCCAUGCUCUCAUUGUUUUUCAAUA